GAGAAGAAGCAGCUGGAGGAGAGGUUGAAUGAGGUGACAGAKUCGCUGACUGAGGAAGAGGAGAAGACCAAGAGUCUCAACAAACUGAAAAACAAACAGGAAGCAGUCAUUGCUGACCUGGAAGAUCGGUUGAAGCGUGAGGAGCAGGGUCGUCUGGAGCAGGAGAAGUGGAGGAGGAGGAUGGAGGGAGAGGCUGUGGAAGCCCAGGAGCAGCUCUCUGACCUGGGACUACUGUCCGCUGAACUCAGGGGCACCCUGGCUCAGAGAGAGAAGGAUAUCACAACCCUACAGGGGAGGUUGGAGGAGGAGGGUGCACGAAGGACUGAGGCUCAGAGGGCUCUGAGAGAGGCCAUGUCUCAGGUGUCAGAGCUGAAGGAGGAAGUGGAGAAUGAACGAGGGAUGAGAGAGAGGGCAGAGAAACAGAGGAGAGACCUGGGGGAGGAGCUGGAGGCCUUGAGGACAGAGCUGGAAGACACACUGGACACCACGGCGGCCCAGCAGGAACUCAGGUCUCGUAGAGAGGCAGAGUUGGGGGAGCUCCAGAGGUGUGUUGAGGGGGAGACGAGACGUCACGAGGCCCAGCUCUCAGAGCUCAGAGUCAAGCACUGCUCUGCCAUAGACAACCUGCAGGAACAACUGGACAACAGCAAGCGGGCCCGUCAGUCCCUAGAGAAGGCCAAGACUCUAUUAGAGGACGAGAGGGUGASCUUGGCCUCAGAGCUGAAGUCCCUGCAGGGGGGCCGCAUGGAGAGUGAGAGGGGCCGCAAGAGGGCRGAGGGCCAACUCCAGGAGCUGACCYCACGCCUCGCACAGGCCGACAGAGAGAGGGAGGAGAGAGAGGAGCGACUGCACAAGCUACAGUCUGAGAUGGAGACCCUCUCUAGUUCUCUCUCCUCCUCUGACUCCAAAUCCCUCCGUCUCAACAAGGAGGUCAGCAGCCUGGAGAGCCAGCUCCACGACUCUCAGGAGCUACUUCAGGAUGAGACUCGUCAGAAGCUGGCUCUGGGCUCCAGGGUGAGAGCUCUGGAGGAGGAGAGGAAUGGACUGAUGGAGAGAGUGGAGGAGGAAGAGGAGAGAGCCAAGGAUCUCUCCAGGCAGAUACAGACUCACACUCAGCAGCUGGCUGAGUUGCGGAGGCAGUCGGAGGAGGUGAAUGCGGCGGUGGAGGCAGGAGAGGAGACGCGCAGGAAACUGCAGAGAGACCUAGACCAGGCCGUCCAGAGAGAACAACAGAAGGAGGAGGAGAAAGAACGCGUGGAGCGUCAGAGGGAGAGGCUGAGGGAGGAGAUAGAGGACAUGACCCUGGCCCUGCAGAGAGAGAGACAGAACUGCACCACCCUGGAGAAGAGGCAGAAGAAGUUUGACCAGUGUCUGUCAGAGGAGAAGGCGGUGAGUGCCCGGCUGGCUGAGGAGAGAGACAGGGCCGAGGCAGACAGUAGAGAGAAGGAGACACGCUCCCUGGCACUGGCACGAGCCCUGCAGGAGGCCCAAGAUCAGAGGGACGAGCUGGAGAGAUCUAACAAGCAGCUCCGCAUAGACAUGGAACAACUAGUCAAUCAACAGGAUGACGUGGGGAAGAAUGUGCAUGAGUUGGAGCGUUCCCGGCGGGCCCUGGAGACAGAGGCAGAGUCCCUGCGCACUCAGACCCAGGAGCUGGAGGAGGAGCUGGGGGAGGCGGAGAACUCCAGGCUGAGGCUCGAGGUCACCCUCCAAGCCCUCAGGGCCCAGUUUGAGAGAGAGAUCAGCACCAAGGAGGAGAAAGGAGAGGAGAAGAGGAGGUCUCUCAACAAACAGGUGAGGGAGUUGGAGACCCAGCUAGAGGAGGAGAGGAGUCAACGCUCUCAGGCCAUGUCCGUCAAGAAGCAGCUGGAGGCGGAGCUACAGGAGGCUGAGGGCGGGACACUUUGA